AUGAUUCGUGAUACUGCGGCGCAGAGAUGUGACGCGACGCCACCGCCCAGGGCUCGCUUCCAAAGCGUCGCCGUCACUCUUCCCUCAGCACCAACAGACUCUGUGAGUACCUUUCGCGAUAGCUUUAAAGCUGUGCAAGAGGUAACCAUACUAGAGACCGAGCGAAGCAACACAUCCGUCCUCUUCAGCUACUCCUACGGGCGGGCGACCAGGGCGGCAAUAGCGCUGUCGAGUCACCGUGACCAGUUGGCACCUCGCCGCCGCUCGACGCACAAUGACGCGACGGGCUUUGACGAGAUUCCCGCGGAGGCGCGCGCGACAUGGCUCUACGAACCAAGCGACCGGGGCGCGGCGUGCGUGUACAGGCUCACUGGGCGAGACCGGCUGCCGCUGACAGACACGCCCUGUGCCGAGCUGGAACUUCAGGACGGGUCCGCCGCCCGUGCAGCUGCAGUUGUGGACGACCCAGGUUCACGCCUGACGAUCGUGCACUACCUCCUUGGACUGGUGCUAGUCCAAGAAGGUCCCCGAAGUUAUCGAUGA